AAUCGAGUGGAUCUGCUCCUUGGCCUAAGCUGGUUAAUUAUUAGUGUUUACUUUUCUUUAGUUUCUCGUGUUUUCUUACAGGAACUUUCUUAAUGGAUCACUUGGGGCCAAUCAUCGAUCGCCUGGGGCCAAUCAUCGAUCUCUUGGGACCAAUCAUCGAAUUGCUGAAGCCCUUAAUGACUUCAGUAUACGGGCAUCUGGAAUGUCACAUAAAACUUCAGGAAAAUGUGGAAGAAUUGAGUAGGGUGUUGGGAGAUCUAAACGACCUACUGGAAGAUAUAAAUUUAAGAAAACAAAAUGCAGAGGCUUGCCCGAGAAAGGUGGUGAGGAGAGAAGUGAUAAGAUGGCUUGAAAAGGUACAAACCAUCAACAAUGAAGUUCAAGUUCUUGAAGAGAACUUUCAAAAUGUUUCAUACCUCCGUCGUGGGUCUCUUGGAAAACGUGUUGACAAGAAAAUUGAGGAAGUAAAAGAACUUAUGCUUCAACAAGGAAGCUUCCCUGAUGAUAUUGCAAUUGAUCAACCUCCAGGUAGAGGAAUGACAUUGCCAACUGAGGAUGCAAGAGGUCGGACCGAUGUGAAGGAACAAAUCCGGGGAUACUUGAUGGGUGAUGCAGUUGGAAUGAUUGGAGUUUGUGGGCCUGGUGGAAUUGGGAAAACAACUCUUCUGAAGAACAUCCACAACGACUUGUUAAAUGGGCCAAAUUUUGAUAAAGUCAUUUGGGCCCCUGUACCAUAUCCAGUUAGUGUUGUCAAAUUGCAAGAUAACAUUGCAAGCAACAUGGAGCAAAAUUUUCCAGAAAAUGUGACCAAAGACCAGCGUGCAGCUACAUUAUCAGAGGUUUUGAGCAGAGUGAGAUUUGUCUUGAUUUUGGAUGAUGCCUGGGGAAGGUUUUCUUUUGAGGAUGUUGGAAUCCCGAAACCAACACAGCAAAAUGGGUGCAAAGUAGUUAUUACAAGCAGAUCCGUUGAGCUGUGCAAUUAUAUUGGUUGUGAGCAAGUUAUUAGGAUGCAACAACUUUCAGAGAGAGAAUCUUUGAACUUAUUCCUAGAUACGGUGGGAGAUGAUACUCUUAUGAAAAGUCCAAAUUUAGAAGAGACCUUGAAAUUUGUGGUGGCAGAGUGCGCAGGUUUACCUCUAGCUAUCGUUGUAAUAGCUAAGAGCAUGAGGGGAGAAAAUGAUAUUUCUGUGUGGAGAAAUGCUCUGUUUGAAUUACAGAACCGUGUAAAGAGGGUGAAUGAUUGGGAUGAUGAAAUAUUUCAACGGUUGAAAUUUAGUUAUGAUCGUUUGAAUAAUCCAGAACUUCAGGAUUGUUUCCUCCAUUGUUCCCUAUAUCCUAAAGAUGGGAGCAUUGAGAGAUAUAAAUUAAUUGAAGAUUGGAUUGACAAUGGGCUGAUUGAACAGUUGGAGACUAGAAAAGCAAUGCAUGACAGAGCCAAUUUUAAUUUAAAAAAAAUGGCAUUGCAAAUUGCUGGUCCUAAAUUUAUGGCAAAAGCUGGUUUGCGGCUAAGAGAGGCACCAGAAGCAAAUGAAUGGACGGAAAACCUUGAGAAGGUUUGGCUCAGUGCAAAUAGAAUAACAGAUUUUGCUUCUAGUAUGUCUCCAAACUGUCCAAAACUGUCAGGCUUGGACUUGUCGUCGAAUUAUGGUUUGACCCAGAUUCCAGAUUCUUUUUUUGCACGCAUGAUUGGCCUCAAGUACAUGCCUUCGUUAGUAAAGUUAAAGGCAUUGAAGAAGUUGGAUCUAUGUAAGGCAGGGAUUCUGCAGGUCCCAGAAGGCAUGGAAGUGUUGGUGAAUCUUCAACAUCUUGAUCUAGAUUGUCCAAAUCUGGUAGAUCUACCAAUAAAAAUACUCUGUAACCUCACUCAUGUCCAGUUUCUUGCAGUGUCUUUGAAACCUGCUAGUUUUGUAAUAAAAGCAGAAAAGGUGAUCAGGCUGAAGGUGUUGGAGACUUUUAUAGGUCAAUUUGAUGACCUACAAGUCCUUAACAACUUUGUAAAGUCUUUCCAUGAGGAUCAAAAGUUCCCUAGGUACUGGCUGGUGGUGGGAUCAACUGAUGAUACGUAUGACGCUUUUGAGCAUCAGAUGACAGUAGAUGAAUUUCAAAGGGGAGAAGAUUACUAUGAAUUGCACGCAGAGUGCAGCGAUGUGAAAACCUUAAGUGAGACUUCUUUGUUCAAUACAGCUACAGAUUUAAGAUAUUGUGAGAUCGAUAAUUGUGAAGGAUUAGAGUGCAUGCUUGACUUGUUCUCAUGGUCCUCAGUCUGCAGCUCAUUUGAUAAGCUUGAAAUUCUAUGGCUCAAUGAUUUGUGUAACUUGCAAGUACUUGUGAAAGUGGAAGCUCAAGCAGCAUCGGCUCCCUCGACAUCACGGGCACCAAGACCAACACCUUCUUCAAUAUUUUCCAACCUUAAAUUUUUUAAAAUAGGAAGCUGUCCAAGAAUCAAGAAGCUGUUUCCAUUUGAACUGCUGCAAGGUCUCCAAAACUUGGAGGAGAUUGAUGUUGAAGAUUGCCAAAGGGUGGAGGAAAUAAUAGAAGUGGAAGACGAAAAAGAAACUAUCACAACAGUGGCAAACAAUGAAACCAUCAGAUUAGAUCUUCCAAAUUUAAGAAAGUUGAGAUUAAAGGAAUUACCAAAAUUGAAGAGCAUCUGUACUACAAGAGGAGUAAUGGUUUGUGAUUCUCUUCAAAGUAUUGAAAUAUAUGACUGUCCUAUGCUAAAUAGGAUCCCUUUAUAUCUGCCCCUGCUUCCCAACGGUGAGCUCUCUCUGCCUUCUUCACUUCAAGAAAUCUGCAUAGAGUCUGAAGAAUGGUGGGAAUUGCUGUUAUGGGACAAUCCUUCUGCUAAGGAUAUCUUCCUUCCCUUGUUAAAGCCAUCCGUUAAUCCUUCACUUCACAAGGGAUUUGAUGACCUAAAAGACUUCAACAAUUUUGUCAGCUCUUUUCAAGGUCAAAAGCUUACUAGCUAUAAGCUUAGUGUGGAAGCAACUGAUGACGAUGAUAAUGAUUCUUCCGAUUCUGAUUUUGAUUCUGCUUUUGAUUAUGCUUUUGAAUUGGGUGAUGAUGAUUGCUCUAAGAUGCUAAAUUUAAAUGGAAUGGAAAUCAAUGAAGAUUACCCUGUAUUGCCUCCGGAUGACCUUCAGAUUUUGAAGAUUAAAAAGUGCUGCCGCUUGAAAAGCUUAAACGAUGCAUCUGUAUUUAAGGCAUUAUCAGAUUUAAGAUCAAUUAAAAUCAAGCAAUUUGACCAGUUGGAGUGCAUACUUGAGUUGUUCUCACUGUCCUCAGAGUGCAGUCCCUUUGAUAGAUUUUCAAUUUUAACGCUUGUUAAAUUGCCUAACUUGCGUGAACUUGUGAAAGUGAAGGGGCAAGCAGCAUCAGCUCCAUCUACAACGUGUGCACCAACACAGCCUUCUGUCUUUUCCCAUCUUAAGAAGUUGUUUAUAUACAAAUGUCCAAGAAUCAAGAAGCUGUUUCCAUCUGAGUUGUUGAAGGGUCUCCAGAACUUGAAGGGUAUUUAUGUCAUUGGCUGCGCAAAAAUGGAGGAAAUAAUAGAAGUGGAAGAAGAGAAAGAAACUCUCAUGACAGAUGGAGAAAAUGAAACAAUUACUGUCAUUCUUCCCAAAUUGAAGCAAUUGUUGUUGCUGGGCUUAUCAAAUUUGAAGAGCAUCUGUACUGCAAGAGGAGUAAUGUGGUGUGAUUCUCUAGAAGAAAUUGUAAUAGCUGGAUGUCCAAAGGUAAAGAGGAUCCCUCUACAUCUGCCCCUGCUUCCCGAUGGAGUGCUUUGUUCUCCUCCCUCUCUCACAAAAAUCUACAUGAAGUCAAAAGAAUGCUGGGAAUCACUGGUGUGGGACAAUCCUUCCACUAAGGAUAUCCUCCUUCCAUUCCUGGAUCUAGAAGAGGAUUUUACUGACAUUUUAAAGCACUUAACAGACACUUCUGAAACUGAAGAUGAAUAAUCUAGCCUUCACAAGAGUUCUUACAAUGUCAAAACAAAUCUCUCGAGCUGAGCAGGAGGAAAAAGCAAAUGAGAUUCAUCUCAUGUGGUUUGAUUUGUGAUGAUAUUAUUACCUUCAUUUCAUCAGGCAUUAGCCCACUUGAACUUUGAUUAAUGCUUUGUAUAAUCAAUACUCUGUUAUGUUGCAUUUUGCAAUGUCCUUUCAAACAAUUUCAUUUUAUAUGACUGUUUGCUUGGUUUGUAACUCUGUUACAGAUAGCUUAAUUUCUUGUAUUGUAUUGUGUAAUGAAUAAUGACACUGUUC